AUGGAUGACAUGACAACCAUCACAACAACCAAAGCAUGUACAAAGUGGCUGCUGGAUAAGCUCCAGGAGAACAUUAGUUGGGCACAAAUGGAGGUUAAACCCAGCAAAUCCCGCAGCAUUUCUAUUGUCAAGGGCAGGCUUACCAAUGACAGGUUCUGUAUAAAGGCUGAGCCCAUACCAACAGUCAGGGAAAAGCCCAUCAAAAACCUUGGACGGUGGUACACCGCAGACCUUAAAGACGCCGAACCGGUGGAACAACUCAGAGAUGCUGCUCCAACAGUAGCAACAGGAAGGAAAAGGAACCCAACAACAGCGGUUGGAGAUGCAAAUCCAGCCCUCAGACAUAAGGACAUCGUGGGACAAGUGCAACAUGACAGAGGGGGACUUGGUUUGGCAUCAACCACACCCACGUGGCGAAAAGCAACACCAAAGGAACAGCGUCACCUGGUAGUGGAGGAGGUUAGCCAUCAAGAGGAAGCAACCUCACGCUACCUUCACCGGACUGAAUCCACUCCUUGUGAAGGAAACAAGCGCUAUAGGUCCAGAAGUCCUUUGACCCGGUCUGAUCAGGAGGAUGAAGCAAGGAAGUCGAGUGACCGCUUUCCAGAACCCCUGUCAAAGCCAAGCCAGUCAAAGCGCGAGAGUGUCUUCACACCUCUGUCCUUUGAGCUGCAGGCCUCACCAGUGUCCUCAUCCAAAUGUGAUAGAGUUAAAAAGCGUGGUUCCACGGGUCUGUCCCAGAAAGGAUGUGCUCCUGAGAGAAAGAAGAGACCUUGUUCGUCUUUUUCAAGCCAACGGGCCGUCCCCCAGAAAAGAAAAGUGGCAUAUUUACAAGGUCCUAAACUGGGGGAAGGUGGAUUUGGCACCGUGUAUGCCGGGACCCGCAUAUCUGAUGGAUUGCAAGUUGCCAUCAAAUACGUGUCUAAAGAGUUGGCAAAAAAGGAACAUCUUUCUAUAUUGCAGGGUUCAAUACCAUUGGAGGUGGCAUUAUUACUACAUGUGAGUGCACCUCCGGCCUGUCCCAACAUCGUGCGCCUUUUGGAGUGGUUCGAGCAGCCAAAACAUUAUGCUCUGAUCCUGGAGCGUCCUGAUCCGUGCGAAGAUCUUGUAGAGUUCUCCAACCGCAGCGAAGAUACGGACGAGGAGAUGGCCAAGGACGUUAUCCUGCAGCUGAUCAACGCUCUGAAACACUGUGAGAGCAGAGGAGUCCUGCACAGAGAUGUCAAGCCUGAAAACAUCCUCGUCUGCACGGACACGCGUGAAGUCAAGCUGCUGGAUUUCGGCUGUGGAGAUUUUCUAAUGAGCAACUACAAAAACUUUGCAGGAACUAUCGUCUAUGCUCCACCCGAGUUGUUUCACUUCAGGCGGUACCAUGCAGGGCCUACAACCGUGUGGUCUGUAGGCAUUACACUGUAUGAAAUUCUGUCCGGUUCAGUCCCGUUCUCCGGCAUUAUGGAAAUCAUCAAGAAUGAACCUGUUUUACCGGAUUUCCUCUCUAAAGAAUGUCGACACCUGCUCCAAUGGUGUCUUGAUAAAAAUCCAGAUAAUCGGCCCAGUUUGGAGGACAUUGAGCGUCAUCCCUGGUUUCAGUGAACAGAAUCAUCUGGAUGGUCAUCUUCAGGACGAGAGAGAGAGGCAUAUCAUAUUAUAGAGUAAGAAUGAUGAUAAUCCCUCGAAAAAAUCAACUCAGCC